GAACUUCAAACUAAAGGUGUUAGUGGAAAUUCUUUUGCGCAGAAAAAUUGUUGAGUAGAGUUGCCAUUUUUCUAUUCAAACUUAUAUUUCUGUAAAAUUGAAUGCGAAAUGACAAUUCUAUACUAAUAUUGAUACAUAGCAAUAUUAAAAUAUUGUCCUAAAAAUCUCGCAAUUUCAAAUUCGAAUUGAAAUUGAAAUCGCAUUUUCUUAGACAAAAGAUUUACAAUUAUGCAUCUAGUGCAAUUGCAUACGCACAUAAAUCCAUACAUAUGUACUACAAAUGUACUAUGAAAUUUUUAAUAUAGAUGGGGGCCCAUGUCGUAUGAGUGACGUCAAAUCCUUUCGGCGGUACUUUGGGUUACGUAUACGCACGGCACUCAAUUUUUAAGCAAAGAACCAGCAAAGUUAAAAAAAUGCUGCCGAAAUAAAAAAAUCAUAAAUGAUAAGUACAUUAUAAAUACUGGAAUAUUACCACACCAACAAACUGUUGCUUCAAAAUUUACUUCCUCUAAAAAUAUUUCCUUUACGUUUUUGUUGAUUUGCGGUUUCAGCAGAGUAAUAAACACAAAUCAAAGGCUCUUUAGCUACAGCUAACAAUGACUGUUGAAGCGAGUGGGGGUGGUGGUGCUGGUGGGGGAGCACUGUGAGAGCCCUGAGCAAGCGCUGUGAGCGAGCAGCGUACAUGAAUGACAAUCAGUGACUCAGUGACCGCGGAGACAAGUCCAACUUGGUAAGGCGAUAUCAGCUAGUAUAGAAUUUCAUAGCGGAACUUACCCCCUUGGCACACAAACGAAGGAGAGCCAGUGAAUACAUAUACAUAAAUAUAUGUGCAUAUAAAUAUAUAUACAUAUGUAAAAUGUAUCGUUGUGUUCAAUAAGCGGAAAGCUCAAAAUAUACUUCAAUGCUGUUAGCAGAAUAUUGAAGUGUGCUUGAUAUUUGCAAACAUUACAAGAACAUAGAGAAGAGAAUAAUAACAAUAACAACCAAUAACUAGCAAGAAUGGUAAUUGAGAACUACAGUAUUUGCUUAUAUUGAAGAGUAACUAACUAGUUUCUCAGGGGCUUUGGAAGCUUUUGGGAGCGUAGCGCUUCCUGUGGUCCUCCAAAGAAAACAAAGUUAACUCUCCGGCUUAAAGUAUUGUAAUUCAAACUGAUGCUGACACUGAGCGGAAAAUCAGCUGCCGAAUUGGCAACGACUCAAAUGCAGAGUAUUAUAAAUAAGAAGAAAAAAACAUAAGCGAUAGCUACAACAACUACAAAUAUAUUAACACAAAAAUUGAAGCAAGCAAAAACAGCAGCUCGAUCCCAUACACACACACACACAUGCGCACACACACACACAUACACACCCGUACAAGCGUAACGUAAUUCGCGCAACUGAGCAGGAGGCAAACCAAUAAAACAACAGCAAAGAAGCAAAAAAAGAACUUUCGAUUUUUCAUAAUAAAAAGGUUUCCACUAAAUGACGAGCCGUUUAGUCGGCUAUCGAUGCUGUCGAAAGUGAAACGCGACACGCCAAACAUCAAACACUAACAAAUAAAUAAACGCGCUGCAAACAAUCGUGUGCAAAAAAAUAAGAAAAUAAAAAUCCUAAGCAAAAAGUGCCCGCGACGCGUAACAUAAACGUAAGAGUUCCAUAGCGAAGUGAGGCGUUGAGGGGUGGCAGUGCGCGCAAAAUAUAAAAAUUUUCGUAAUUUCUAAAUUGCGAAAAUAUACACAUAAAACACACCAAAGCGACUUUUUUAAACCAAAAAAAAAAAAACGAAGAAAAUUGAGUUUUCAUAUUCGCUCUAACAGUAUUCGAAACGAAUUUCAUAUUCUAAUCCUUCAAAGCUGCCUACGCCUGUUUUUAAUCACAUUUUCUUAAUAUUCAACAAAAUACCUUCAAUUCAAAGUAGAAUCGAAAUGAAGCAGUUGAGUGAAACCGUCGGUCAACAGCAACAAAAUGGCUUAGCUAGCACGGCAGGCCAGCAUCAGGUAGUGCAACAACAACCGCCAAAUCAAGAACGCCAUUAUGGCGAGAAUCUGACGAGCAACGGCGACCAGAAAGAGCUGCAGACACAAUUACAGCUGAUGCAGGCGCCAGCACCACCACCAAGCAAGCAUGGCUUGCAGCUGGCCUUAACGAUGAAUGGUAGCAGUGGUGGUGGCGGUAGCGGUGGUAGCAGCAGCAGUUCAAAUGGCAAGAGUGUUGGCAGUGAAAAUGGUCAUGAAAAUUGCACAUUUCAUCAUGACCUCGAACUGGAUCACAAACCACCUACACGUGAGGCACUCUUACCCGAGUUGUCGCGUUCGUAUCGCCUCUUGUUGAGCGGACUUGGAGAAAAUCCCGAGCGGCAGGGUCUGCUGAAGACACCCGAACGUGCAGCAAAAGCUAUGUUAUUCUUUACGAAGGGUUACGAUCAAAAUUUAGAAGAUGUUCUCAACGGCGCUGUCUUCGAUGAGGAUCACGAUGAAAUGGUUGUCGUUAAGGACAUUGAAAUGUUCUCUAUGUGCGAACAUCAUAUGGUACCAUUCUAUGGAAAAGUUUCCAUCGGCUAUUUGCCAUGCAAUAAGAUAUUGGGACUCAGCAAGUUGGCAAGAAUUGUGGAGAUCUUUUCACGCCGUCUGCAAGUGCAGGAGCGCUUGACUAAGCAAAUUGCUGUCGCCGUCACACAGGCUGUACAACCGGCUGGUGUUGCUGUCAUUAUAGAAGGAGUUCACAUGUGCAUGGUUAUGCGUGGUGUGCAGAAAAUCAACAGCAAAACUGUUACCUCAACCAUGUUGGGUGUCUUUCGUGACGAUCCCAAGACUAGGGAGGAGUUCUUGAAUCUUGUGACCAGCAAAUAAGUGGAAAUACGAAUAGCUGGACAACUAAACGGAAGAUGCUACAUGCUUAUUUGAAUACAUUCCAAUGAAUCGAUUUACAUACAAAAAGGCGGAAAUUUUUAUAACGAAUGCUGCUAUUAUAAAAUAAUUUAAAGAAAAGUAUAUACAUAUGUACCUUAAUUUAAGUUGAAUAAUGCAUAUAUAUAAUAAAUCUAUCGUUUAUAAAAGAACAUUUAACUAAAAUUAAAAAAAAAAAAAGUUACGAGAAGAUCUGUUUUGUAUUGGGCGUACUUAAAUGAGAAGCACGUAAAUCAUAUUGAAAGUUGGUUAGGUAAAUACUUUUUGAAUGUCAUGCAAAAGCGAAAUGGAAAUAAGAACAUAAACAAUAUGUGUAUGUAUAUGCAAUAUGUAAAAUAACACUUAAUACAAAUAAAAAGGCAAAAGUUUGAGGAAUAUUUGGGGAAUCAAACGAAAUGCAUAAAUUGAAAAUAGGUUUAUUACAAAAGUGAGUCAAAAAUGCAAAAUAUUAAGAGAAAAACUCUACCGCUGGAAAACAUGUAUUGAAAAUACAUGUAAUAUUUGACGUUUAACAAUAACAAAGCUUUAAGAGGAAAUUGAAAAUUCUUAAUAGAAAUUACUUUAACUUAGUAAGCAACGAAAAUAAGUU